UCUCAUCGGUUAUUCCAGUCGGACUCCGUCUCUCUCUCCGCGCAUCUUUUACAGGCUUCUGAUUCCAGGUCUGGUUUCCCAGAUCAGCAGAAACAUGGGAAAAUACGUCUUGUUCGGAAUAGUCGUAGCAUUACUGCGAGGUGCAUCUUCACUUCCGCAGAAUCGCCAGUAUCUUGGGCACCUCGACCACAAGGAGAAACCUAACAAAAGAUCUUCGGGAAAUGAGGGCGACGGUGGCAAAAUCAUAUGGGGAGGUGAUUGCUCCCCUAGAUACACCUCCCUCUACUCGACGGAAGACGCUCUCCUCGAGUGCGAGGCCUUUGUACCAACGGGCACCGUUUUCACUUGGCACAAGGGCAACAAAGAGUACCACAGCUUUCUUCAGGCUGCGAAGGUCGAGGAGAUAACCAAUGACGUCGAGUGGAAUGACCUGGCUUCGUCCCCUAAUCUCAAGCUUGGGUCAACUGUCUACAUCUCCACAAUCCUCUACAUCGACUGCGCGUCGGCUGAUGAUAAGGGUGAAUACAUGUUAUCAGUCGAGACUCCAAAUGGGCGAAUUCAAAAUCGAUUCUUCGGACUGAACGUAACAGCGGCCACUAGAUACCAUAUGCCGGGAGGAACCUGCGCUUACGGACGUAAUAUUAUGGAGUACAUCCCAAGGAUUUACCAGUACGCCAAGCAGGUCGUAGCCUUCCGGGGAUCGAACGUCGUCGUGCCCUGCCGAGCUCUGGGACGAGAAACAACGCUCGUGUGGAGCUUCGAUAGGAGAUCGAUCGAGACAUCAGAAAAGUAUCAGGUUCUCGCUAAUGGUGACCUCGUUAUCCGUGAUGUGACCUCGAAGGACCGCGGAGUCUACUCCUGCAGAGUCACCAGCAAUAUCGCAUCAAAUUUCUACGAUGCUGUGUACACCUACUUUUACUUACAUCAACAGUGAGGUUUUAACUCUUUGUGGUGGUCAACAUCCACGAAGAAAUCUUCGUGGAGUUCCCCAGCGAGCGACGCCUAAGCAGAGAGACCUCCUGGCUUCGACCCUGACCAACCAGAUUAGUUCAUCGCAAGAGCCUUGGCAUCUCAGCGAGAUGAACAAAUUUUAUCGGUCUCAUCAGGUUCGUCUGUCGACAUAAACAGAUCGAAGGGUUUUAGUCACGAUGUUGGUAUUCAUCUUCUUGAUCAGGGACGACUUGAAUACUUCCUGAAAGAACUAUGUCGUUCAAGUGGUGACCCGGAACAAAAUGGCCAUCAUUGUUAAACGAUGGCUUUAACGUGUUUCAAGUUGUUUACAAAAACAUUUGUGUUUUGGGUUCCUUGCACGAGAAAAGGUCUUCGCUACAGGGCUGCCGAAUGUAAAACAUCUUGUCUCACAGUUCAAUAUUUUGAAAAACCUAGAAUAAUUAGAACAAGUGGAAGUAGACGGGUCUCAUUAAUAUUUAGAUACAAACAGAUUUUGAGUCAAACAUGAUGUAAUCACAUGAACACUAGAGCUUAAAAUAGAAAAAUGUUGUGUGAAGUCCACAUGCACUUAUCUACAUGCACGCAUUCUUGUCACACUGAAUGUUAUUUCAGUUCAGCUUCAUUCGUCAAAGUAACAUUUGAUGUUAUAUAACGUUCGAAAGAAUGAACUUAGCAUCUAUUCUUCCAAAUUAAAGGCAAGAAGGUCACUUUGGCAUCUCCUCUUCAUUUUCCACAUCUGAUCAUUCCUUCCAAUCCGGAAAACCAUGUUUAUAAGUGUCCUCUCUUGCGUCAAACUUCAAUAUAUCUACCGUUGUAUAUUGUCCGAACUUCAAUAAUGUUUCUUCGUCAAUUUCAUUCCAUGGUAGUACAAGGCCAUAAAGAGUAAUGUCUAUGGAUAUUUAUACUGCAUC